UCUUACAUGAGGGAAAUUCGUACAAUGUCCAUAGAAGCUUAUGACCACCUAAUAGAAAGAGACCUGAAUAUAGGGUGUAGGGCAUUUUUUAAACCUCAGAGUUGUUGUGAUGCCAUGGAAAAUGGUAUAUAUGAAUCUUUCAAUGUAGCAAUCAUAGAGGUCCAGAAGAAACCCAUAAUAACAAUGCUGGAAGAAAUUAGGUUGUACGUGAUGGAGUCGAUGUACAAUCAAAAGUUUAAGGGGAAAAGUGAGACUUGUAAAUUUUCCCCUCUAUUAGAAAGAGGAUUGAGAAGAUGAAAGAACAACAAAGGUACUGGGAUGUUGUUCUAAGUGGUGAGCAAGAAUAUGAAAUGAAAUUAGUCGAUGAAAUUUAUGCAGUUCACCUUGAACACAAAACAUGUGGUUGCAGAUACUGGCAACUCAGUGGUAUCCCUUGUGUGCAUGUCAUCGUUGCAAUAUUGUACGUGAAUGGAAAUGCAGAGGACUAUGUAGCUGUGUGGUUUAAAACAAGCAUGUUUGGAAGUUGCUAUAGGUAUCCAGUCAAAUCAAUUAAUGGAGCUAACAUAUGGCCUGAUGUUCCAUGUGAUCCCGUACUAACAUAUAGGCAUAGGAGAAUGUCAGGAAGGCCCAAAGUAAACAGAAGGAAAUGUCCUACAUAG